AUGGCGGCGCGGGCGGCCGAGCCCGGGGCGGAGGCGGAGGCGGGCGGGGAGGCGGCGGCCGAGGAGGGCGCGGCGGGGCGCCGGGCGAAGGCGCGGGGCCGGCCGCGGCUGACCGAGUCCGACCGGGCCCGGCGGCGGCUGGAGUCCCGGAAGAAGUACGACGUGCGGCGCGUGUACCUGGGCGAGGCGCACGGGCCCUGGGUGGACCUGCGGCGCCGCAGCGGCUGGAGCGACGCCAAGCUCGCCGCCUACCUCAUCUCGCUGGAGCGCGGCCAGCGCAGCGGGCGCCACGGGAAGCCUUGGGAGCAAGUCCCAAAAAAGCCAAAGCGGAAGAAAAGGCGGCGCCGCAACGUGAACUGCCUGAAGAACGUGGUGAUCUGGUACGAGGACCACAAGCACCGCUGCCCCUACGAGCCGCACCUGGCCGAGCUCGACCCCACCUUCGGGCUCUACACCACGGCCGUGUGGCAGUGUGAGGCCGGCCACCGCUACUUCCAGGACCUACACUCGCCCCUGAAGCCGCUCAGCGACUCGGACCCUGACAGCGACAGAGCAGGCCAUGGCCUGGCGGCUGGUUCCUCCGACUCCUCCAGCUCCAGCUCAGGCUCUGACUCUGAAGAGCCUCCCGAGGGUCCCCCCGCCAAGGGCAGCUCGGGGGCGGCGGCGGCCAUCACCCCUGCCAGCCCAGCGGGCAGCAGCGGCCUCAUCACGCAGGACGGGGUGCACAUCCCCUUUGACCUCCACCACGUGGAGGGCUUGGCCGAGCCCGGUGCCCCGCUGUGCCCAGGUGCCGCUGCCAGUGGGCCCGAUGCCCUGGAGACAGUGGUGUGUGUGCCCGUACCCGUGCAGGUGGGCACGGGCCCCGGUGCCCUUUUUGAGAAUGUGCCCCAGGAGGCGCUGGGCGAGGUGGUGGCCAGCUGCCCGAUGCCCGGCAUGGUGCCCGGCUCCCAGGUCAUCAUCAUCGCCGGCCCCGGCUACGACGCCCUCACAGCCGAAGGCCUGCACCUGAACGUGGCGGCGGGCAGCGGGGCGCCGGGUGGCUGCGGCGGGGGCCUGGUGGAUGAGGUGCCCUGUGCCCUGAUGGAGGGUGUGGCCGCCUACACCCAGACGGAGCCCGAGGGCAGUCAGCCGGGCACCCUGGACCCCACCACGCUGGCCGCCAUGGAGACCAAGAAAGAGAAGGAGGAUCUGUAUGUGCUCAAGAAGGAGGAGCGGGAAGAGGCCCUGGCGCCUGAGCUGGCUGAGCUGAAGGCAGCGGUGCCCGAGGUCAACGGAGAUGAGCUGGACGGCAGCGAGGUGUCCGCCAUCAUCUAUGAGAUCCCCAAGGAGCCUGAGAAACGGCGGCGCAGCAAGCGCUCAAGGGUGGCCGAUGCUGACGGGCUGCUUGAGAUGUUCCACUGCCCCUACGAGGGCUGCAACCAGGUCUAUGUGGCCCUCAGCAGUUUCCAGAACCACGUCAACCUGGUGCACCGCAAAGGAAAGACCAAAGUGUGCCCGCACCCUGGCUGCGGCAAAAAGUUCUACCUGUCCAACCACCUGCGGCGGCACAUGAUCAUCCACUCGGCCCCACCCAAAUCUCCCCCAGGGGUCCGUGAAUUUACCUGUGAAACCUGCGGCAAGUCCUUCAAGAGGAAAAAUCACUUGGAGGUGCAUCGGCGCACGCACACGGGGGAGACACCCCUGCAGUGCGAGAUUUGCGGCUACCAGUGCCGGCAGCGGGCCUCGCUCAACUGGCACAUGAAGAAACACACGGCCGAGGUGCAGUACAACUUCACGUGUGAGCACUGCGGGAAGCGCUUCGAGAAGCUGGACAGCGUCAAGUUCCACACGCUCAAAAGUCACCCGGACCACAAGCCCGUCUGACUCACUGGACCGGACCGGA